CGGGCGGAGCGGAAUGGGGAGGCGUUGGUCAUAGCAGCUGCGUUAAUUGAGCGGCCGUGUCAGGGAAGUCAGGUUUACGCGGAGAGAUUGUUCGGACUUGACACGCUAGAUCAAAAAUGGGACUGGUUCAGAAGAUAUACCCGAUGCCUCUUCCAACUAACCAUCCCACCGCUAGUUGACUACGGUAUUGGCCUCGAAGCUCAUGGGCAAAACAUGGUUGUCCGCGUCAAUAGAGAUACCCUAGCCAUCCAAGGAUUUGCCCUUCGCGACCUGGGAGGCUCCCGGAUCCACAAUCCAACAUUCACAGCCCAUAAGUUCAAUUUUGAUACUCUCGCACGGGGCAACAACCCCAUCUUCAUGGAUGAUAUCAUAAAGGUAUGGGACCGUAUCCACCAUGUCGUGCUGCAAAACCAUAUAGGGUACCUCAUGGAUGCUUUGGGACUGGAUAAGCAUGGUGGGUGGCCGAUUGUGCGGGAAGAGUUGAGGAGUGUUCUGGAUGAUGGCGAAGGAGGCCGAGGAAGGGAAGUUUAUGAGCAUUUCCUGAAGAAGGAAAUGGCGUUCAAGUGCUUUUUGAAGACGAGGUUGGCGGAUAAUACCUGGCAUGUAAGUAUCGAUCACUAUUCAGAAUUGUGUGGCUUGAACUGA